AUGGGAGACAGCAUUCCCAGAUGGAAAUCUGCGAGCGGGUACGUCCGUUCCACUCAGGACCCUUUCAUAUCCUAUUCCAUUUCAAUCCUAGACCCAAGGACAAGAAGGUCAGUGAAAGAGAAUACUUCCUUACAGCUGGUGUUGGUACACGGUAGUCAUACUGUGGCUUCGUUACAGAUUAUUCGAAACAGCUACAAAGGUGGUAUUUGGGGCAACGAAGAGCGUGAGGGACCAUUCCCAUUCGAGAAAAAUCACGGUUUUGAUCUCAAAAUCGAAAAUGAACCCUAUUCCAUCCAGACUGAACCUACCGUAGUGCUCCAUAUUGAUUCAUUUUCUAGCGUUCUCUUUCAAAAAACCAUCUUGAAAAUCUGAAA